AUGACUGAGGCAAAGACCUCUCCGCUCAAGGUCAAGCAUCUAUACACUUACCCUAUCAAAUCUAUCCGCGGUCUCUCCCUCCCAGCCCUCCCCAUCUCCCCACUCGGGCCCUCGCACGACCGCCGCUUCAUGCUCAUCGCCAUGGAGACAAUCGAUCCCAAAACCAACCUACCCUCAAACAUGCACGUCAGCAAAUUCGAGGAGAUGUGCCUCUUCACCACCCACCUGCCGGACGGCAACGAUGACAACCCCAGCAUGACCGCCGAGCAAAUCGCCGCUCUCACGGAAAUUGAGGUGCGCUACGCCAAGGACCACUGCUUCAAGGACACCGCGAAGAAGGUGUCAAUGGAGGCGUUACGAGUACCGCUGAGUCCUGGCACAGAAGACCUGCAGACGGUCAAGGUGCGGAUGCACGGCAGUCCGACGGUCGCUUACGACAUGGGUGCCAAGUACAACGGAUGGUUCAGCGAGCGCUUUGGGUACGAGGUCAAGCUGCUUUAUCUGGGCGAGCACCGGAGGAAAGUGCUGGGCAAUGUGGCACCAGCGGUGGCGGCCGCGCAGGCCAGAGGCGAGAUGGCUCAAUAUGACGGGUUGAAGAACUUGCCGGAGGGCGAAGGCGAUGGCAGCGGGGGAUGGUGGAGUGGAAUCAGCAGCGCCGUGGCGCGCAUGGCGGCGAAUCUGCCCGGCGCGGCCGCGGCAGGCCUCAAUGGCAACGAGGGAGAAGGCGUGGAUAUAGGUAUCGGCUUUGCGGACGUGGCGCCGUUCCUUGUCAUCAGUACGAAGAGCUGGGAGAACGCCAGCUCGCGCUUGCCGGAUGGGCAGGAGAUGGAUAUCACCAAGUUUCGGCCAAAUAUCGUGGUGGAGGGCGCGGAUGAGGCAUUCGACGAGGACUAUUGGGGGGAGUUGAUCUUCGGUGGGGGGAAGGAGGCCGUGAGGAUCAUACUUACGCAGAACUGUGCGAGGUGUAACAGCCUCAAUGUUGAUUUCCGAACUGGCAAAGUCGGCGAGGGCGAAGAUGGGAAGAUACUGAAGUUAUUGAGUAAGGACCGUAGAGUCGACCCGGGAAGUAAGUGGAGUCCAAUCUUUGGACGUUAUGGGUUUCUUGGAGGCAAGGGAGAGGCGAGCCUGAACGUGGGUGAUCAGGUGGAGGUAGGUAAACGAAACGAGGCCAGGACGUCGUGGGAGUGGCCCGGCCUCGGAACGUACCCGAAGCAGACUUGA